AUGGUCUUACAUUUAGAUUCGACGCUGUCAACUCCAAGUGCAACAUCACAAUAUCAAGAAAUGCGAAAAAAUCGCGAAAUAAUUCUUGAAACAUUAAUCGAAAGUGAACAGCAAUAUGUGGACGAAUUAAAAGAAUUUCUUGCUCAAAUCAUACAACCAAUAUGCAAUACAUCCAAUCUUAAACAUUCGUUUGAGAUUCAGCGCACUUGUAAUCAAUUAGAGAAAUUAAUACAAUUUCACCAUCAUGUUCUUUCUAAUUUGCAUAAUUGUAUCAAAACAAAUAAUGGUGUUGGCGGAGUAUUUUUACAAUUAGCAACAACAUUAGAUCCUCUCUUUGAAUUAUAUUGUCAACAAUAUGCAAAAACAAUAUUGUUUUGUCAUACAAAUAAAGAUAAAAUUCAGUUCAUAUUGUCAAAAACUAAUUCUAGAGGAACGAAUAACUAUUUAUUGUUAAUAAAAAAUUUAUCAUUACCAUUGAAUACAAUCGAAAAAUAUUCAAUUUUAUUAAACGAAUAUCUUCAUAAUCUCGAGAAUUUUCAUUCAGAUCGUGGCGAUGCGCAACGAGCAGUCGACUAUUACUCGAAAUUAGCGCGUUCAGGAAAUGAACUUCGUAAACGUAAAGAAUGGGAAUUAGAAGUAUUGAACGGUAAAAUUCAUGGCUUAGAUAGUGAAACUUUAUGGUCGUUGGGCGAAAUCCUUUAUUUAACACCUGUAAGCGUCUUAUUUGAAAAUGGUCAAUCGAGUGAACGUAUUGCAUUGCUAUACUCUUCUGUAUUAAUAUUUAUAUCAAUGACAAAUUCACGACAAGAAUACAAAUUUGAAAAUUACCUGCUCAUUAGUCAUUUAAUAUUAAAUAGAAUUGAUGAUGAAUUACUUAGUGAACGUGCCUUGAAAAUAACAGUACCAUCUUUAUCAUUAUCAAUGAUUAUUUCAUUUCCAAAUGUAAUUGAAUUUAACAAUUGGUGUGAGAAAAUUCGUUAUAUUACUUAUGAGUCCAAAUAUGGUGAAACACUGCAUACACCACAAGUAUCAAAAUUUGUAUCAUCAUUAUCGAAUUAUUUACCGAAAAGUCCGACGAGUACUGGUGUGUCAUUCAAAAUACCUUUACGUUCACCAGAAAAGUCACCAUUGUUAAAAUCAUGUUUGAGACCACAUUCAUCAAAUAGAAUUCGUCUUGUUCAAACAAUUGAAUCAAAAGAUGGAUUAAAUGAAUUUAAUAGUGGAACGAAUAAAACAUCAAAAAGUUUCUUGACAAUGAGAAAAAUAAAAACAAAUGAAUUUGUCAAACGAGGUGAAACAAGUGAGGAUGAUUCUCUUCUUCUAUCCGUGAUCGAAGCAUAUUAUGGUGUCAGUGGUAACAGUCGAUUUUCCUUAUCAACAUCAGGUUUAAAUGAACAAAACAUUCCAGUGGUAGUUAGUAUGUCAAAUCCAGUUAUUCUAAAUGGUAAUAGUAAUAUUAGCAAUAUGACGAAUCCUUUACCUAUAACCUCUCUAGUGAAAAGUAUAGCACCUGCAUUAGACAGUAACCGUUGUAUCAUUGAAACUAUAAAUGAACUUCGUUUGAUAUUAAAAAUGAUACAUCAAGAACUUGAAGAAGGAAAAAUUGCACGAUAUAAAUUAGAAAGUAAAAUACAAUGUUUGUUAACAACGAAAUGA